GGGCGGCGGGCACAGGAGGCGCGGGGCUCCGGUGCGCGUGCGCGCCCCGCCUCCCUCCCCCGACACCCCCGGCCGCUGCUGGAGCCAGGCCGCCGCGGGCUGGGCGGGGAGCCGCUCGCCGCCGGAGCGUCAGGAGGUGCAUCCCAUCUGGGGCCAACCCUGGGGAGGCUCGCAGCCCCAGGCCGUUUUCUAGGGAAAUGGCCCCGGGGGCUCCCGUGCUGCUGCUGCCGCCGCUGCUGCUGGGGCUGCUGCUGCUGCCACUGCCCGGGCUCCCGCCCCGCGCCGCGGGCUGCCCCGCCGCCUGCCGCUGCUACAGCGCCACGGUUGAGUGCGGCGCCCUGCGCCUGCGCGUCGUCCCGCUGGGGAUCCCCCCAGGGACGCAGACGCUGUUCCUGCAGGACAACAACAUCGCGCGCCUAGAGCCCAGCGCCUUGGCGCCACUCGCCGCCCUGCGCCAUCUCUACCUGCACAACAACAGCCUGCGUGCUCUGGAGUCCGGCGCCUUCCGUGCGCAGCCGCGCCUGCUGGAGCUGGCGCUCACAGGAAACAGGCUCCGUGGCUUGCGAGGAGGUGCUUUUGCGGGCCUAGCUCAGCUGCGUGUACUCUACCUGGCCGGCAACCAACUGGCACAGCUGCUGGAUUUCACCUUCUUGCACCUGCCGCGACUGCAGGAGCUGCACCUGCAAGAAAACAGCAUUGAGCUGCUGGAGGACCAGGCCCUGGCCGGGCUGUCCUCCCUGGCCCUGCUGGACCUCAGCAGGAAUCAACUGGGUACCAUCAGCCGCGAAGCCCUACAGCCUUUGGCCAGCCUGCAAGUCCUGCGCCUCACAGAGAACCCAUGGCGCUGCGAUUGCGCCCUCCACUGGCUGGGUGCUUGGAUCAAGGAGGGGGGCCAGCGACUGUUCAGCACCAGGGACAGGAAGAUCACGUGUGCGGAGCCUCCACGUCUGGCACUGCAGAGUCUGCUGGAAGUCUCAGGCAGUAGCCUCAUCUGCAUUCCGCCUUCUGUGCACGUGGAGCCGCUAGAGCUCACAGCCAACCUGGGAGAGGACCUGCGGGUGGCCUGCCAAGCCUCCGGGUACCCGCAGCCCCUGGUGACCUGGAGGAAGGUGCCGCAACCUCGCGAGGGCCGGCCGCAGGCCCAGGCGCAGCUGGAAGGCAGAGCGCCAGCUCUGGGCGGCCAGGCCGCCCCCGACACCGGCAGCGGCAUGCUCUUCCUCACUAACAUCACCCUGGCACACGCGGGCAAGUACGAGUGCGAAGCCGCCAACGCGGGGGGCGCCGCACGCGUGCCCUUCCGCCUCAUGGUCAACGCGUCCCGGCAGCCACCGCCCGGCCCGCCGCCCCGCCCCGCCGGCCGCGCCCCGCGGGAUGAGGCGGGCAGUAUGGCGUUCCGCGCGCUGGGCCUGGCCACGCAGACAGCCAUCGCAGCGGCCAUCGCGCUACUGGCGCUGACGGCGCUGCUGCUGGCCGCCAUGAUCUGCCGCCGCCGCAGGCGGAGGAAAAAGGCGGGCGCGCCGCCGGGGGAAGGCGCGCUGUUCGUCAACGACUACUCGGAUGGGCCCUGCACCUUCGCGCAGCUGGAGGAGCUCCGCGACGAGCGGGGCCACGAGAUGUUCGUCAUCGACCGUUCCAAGCCCCUCUUCGCCGAGGGGCCGGCGGAGGCUCCCGCGGCCCGCGGCGGGUCAGAAGGGCCGCCGCCCGCUCUGCGCCUCCCGUCGCGCGUUGCCUACGAGAUUCACUGCUAAGCCCGCGGCGCGCGCCGAUGACGCGGUCGCCGUUCAUUGGCCCGCGUGGCUCCACUCGUGAGGCGUCGACGGCAGACGUCCCAGAGCCGCAAGAAACCGUGAUCUGGAAGGUCCACAACGUCCCUGAGCUGGUCCUGGCCCUUAGCUCUUGGGGGCGGGGGGCCCUAUGCUGGUGGAGGGCCAGAAGGCCGAAUGACAGUUGAUGCCCAGUAGCCAUGCUGGGGGAACAAUAGAGGUGGGGACAAAUCACACUGGCCAAUUGGGACAGAAUAAACAGCCAGAUUCAAACUCCAGACACACUGCACGUUUGU